AUGUUGCGAAUGCAGGGAAUACACUUUGAGAACUACUGGUCUAAAAGGAUUCUCCCAACACUCCUGGGGCGGGGGUGGGGAGCCAUGGUGAGCGAGUCCCCGGGGCCCGGCACCCGCGUGCCCUGGCGGCGGAGCAACGAGGCGCUGCGCGUGAACGUGGGCGGCGUGCGGCGGCGGCUGAGCGCACGCGCGCUGGCGCGCUUCCCGGGCACGCGGCUGGGCCGCCUGCAGGCCGCGGCGUCCGAGGAGCAGGCGCGGCGCCUGUGCGACGACUACGACGCGGCGGCGCGCGAGUUCUACUUCGACCGGCACCCGGGCUUCUUCCUGGGCCUGCUGCACUUCUACCGCACCGGCCGCCUGCACGUGCUCGACGAGCUGUGCGUCUUCGCCUUCGGCCAGGAGGCCGACUACUGGGGCCUGGGCGAGAGCGCGCUGGCCGCCUGCUGCCGCGCGCGCUACCUGGAGCGGCGCGUGGCGCGGCCGCGCGACUGGGACGAGGACAGCGACACGCCGAGCAGCGUGGACCCGUGCCCGGACGACAUCUCCGACGUGCAGCGCGAGCUGGCGCGCUACGGGGCCGCGCGCUGCGGCCGCCUGCGCCGCCGCCUGUGGCUCACCAUGGAGAACCCCGGCUACUCGCUGCCCAGCAAGCUCUUCAGCUGCGUCUCCAUCGGCGUGGUGCUGGCCUCCAUCGCCGCCAUGUGCAUCCACAGCCUGCCCGAGUACCAGGCCCGCGAGGCGGCCGCCGCCGUGGCCGCGGUGGCCGCGGGCCGCGGCGCGCAAGGCGUGCGCGACGACCCGGUGCUGCGGCACCUCGAGUACUUCUGCAUCGCCUGGUUCAGCUUCGAGGUGUCGUCGCGCCUCCUGCUGGCGCCCAGCACGCGCAACUUCUUCUGCCACCCGCUCAACCUCAUUGACAUCGUGUCCGUGCUGCCCUUCUACCUCACGCUGCUGGCCAGCGUGGCGCUUGGCGACCGGGGCGGCGGGGGCGGCGAGGACCUCGGCGACCUGGGCAAGGUGGUGCAGGUGUUCCGCCUCAUGCGCAUCUUCCGCGUGCUGAAGCUGGCGCGCCACUCCACCGGGCUGCGCUCUCUGGGCGCCACGCUCAAGCACAGCUACCGCGAGGUGGGCAUCCUCCUGCUGUAUCUGGCCGUGGGCGUGUCCGUGUUCUCCGGCGUGGCCUACACAGCCGAGAAGGAGGAGGACGUGGGCUUUGACACCAUCCCCGCCUGCUGGUGGUGGGGCACAGUGAGCAUGACCACCGUGGGCUACGGGGACGUGGUGCCCGUGACGGUGGUUGGCAAGCUGGCAGCUUCGGGCUGCAUCCUCGGGGGCAUCCUGGUGGUGGCGCUCCCCAUCACCAUCAUCUUCAACAAGUUCUCUCACUUCUACCGGCGCCAGAAGGCUCUGGAGGCUGCUGUGCGCAACAGCGACCCCCGGGGGUUUGAGGAUUUACUGAGCAGCGUGGCUGGGGUGUCAGAGGCGUCUCUGGACACAUCCCACGAGACCUCCGAGGGGGGAAGGUCUGCUGACCUGGAGGUCCAGCCCCCGAGUGGGCCUCCAGACCCUCAGGUUUAUUAA